AUGUCCAUGUCAAAAAAAAGAAAUAUUAACAAUUCAUAUGAAUUGUUUGGUUAUACAUUUAUUACUGAACGCAAUGGUACGCAAAAACCACAAUGUUUUAUUUGCAGAAAAGUCCUUGCGAAUGGAAGCAUGAAACCAGCUAAACUCAAAGAACAUUUGGUUUCAUUGCAUCCUCAACAUAUGUCAGAUAAUUCGGAAGUCUUUCUAACAAAAAAGACACGUUUUGAAAAAUCAGGUACUUUAUCUCAACUUGGAUUUGUACCACCACAGAAACCAUGUCUCGAGGCAUCUUACAAAGUAGCGUACUGCAAUGCUCGAAAUAAAAAACCGCAUACCAUUGAUGAAUCACUAAUAAAAUCAUGCGCAUUAGAAAUGGUAGAACUAGUUUGUGGUUUGGAACAACGAAAAAAAGUUGAAGCUUUUAUACCUUUGUCAAAUAAUACUAUUUAUUCCAGGAUCUCUGACAUGUCAACUAACAUUUUGGAACAAGUUCUUGCGGAAUUAGAUUUAUCUCCUUUUCUAUUUAGUAUGCAAUUGGACGAAAGUACUAACAUCUCUCAAUGCAGCCAAUUAUUAGUUUUUGUUCGUUAUAUAUAUUCCGGAACUAGUAAAGAAGAAUUCUUAUUUUGUCAACCACUUUUGAAAAAUACAAAGGCAAUUGAAAAGGAAAUUCCUAACAUCAUCAUCACUCAUUGCUUUCUUCAUAGACACGCUUUGGCAUCAAAAACUCUACCAACGGAUCUAAAAGAAAUUAUGACGACUGCAGUCAAAGUUGUUAAUUUCAUCAGAUCUAGAGCUUUACAUCACCGACUUUUCAAGGUUUUAUGUCAAGAAAUGGGAGCUGAACAUGAAGUUCUUCUUUACUACACAGAAGCUUAUCCUCGAGCUGUAUCCAGGGCAAUGCAAUUUUUUAUUUCAUUCGUCACUACAUAUCUCUGCGAGUCUGGAUUUUCUUUAAUGGCCAUAAUCAAAAUAAAAUCACGAAACCGAUUGGACAUCAAAGAUGAUAUGCAUGUUGCCCUGUCCAAUAAAGUUCCAGAUUUCAAGAAAAUAAUUAUAUCAAAACGACAACAAACCUCACACAAAAAAUCUCUCUUAUGCCGCUAUGUCAGUAACUAUGUACAAAUGUAA